AUGUCAAGUUACAGACAACCAGUUGGAAUGGUAAAUGGAGGUAAUGUCAACGGUGCCAAUAUGAAUGGUGCUGGUAUUGGCGGUGCAGGUGUUGGUAAUGGUAAUGUAAACGGAGGACACGUUACUAAACCAAGAACCAAUCCAUCAGCAGGUCCAGUAAGUAGUUAUGCUCCAAAUGAAUUAACUAUCCCAGAAACUUUAUAUGACAAAAUCCCCAACUUGGACUUAUACAAGAAGCUCGUGGAAGCAGAAAGAGAUGUUGAUUUGGUCGCCACAAGAAAAGAAUUGGAUUUCCAUGUUUUACAUGCUAAGUCCUUACAACCAAGUAAUUUCAAGAAACAACAAGGUAUUUUGAGAAUGUUCAUCUAUAAUAUUAGUGAAAACCAACCAUGGCAGAAACAAUUGGACCAACAACAAGGUAAAAAUGUUAAUAUGAGUGAAGAAGGAUCAUGGACUUUGAAAAUCGAAGGAAAGUUCAUCUCUGAUCAAAGUUUAAACUCAGAAAAACAACAAUCACAACCUGAAACUAUCAGUGAUGGAAGUAAAUUGAAAUUCAGUUCAUUUUUGAACAAUGUUUCUAUUGAUUUGGUUGCUAAUGAAAACUAUCCUAAUAUAAAUGAAAAUAAUUCCAAUAUAAUUGAAUGGAGAGAUGAAUAUCAACAAUUUUCCAAAAAUGUCAAUUCAUUUGAUGGAUUUAAUGUCAAAAGAUUUGGGAUAUUCAACUUACAUGCCAAAAUCUUAAUUAAUGUCAAAAAUGAUGCUUCAUCCAAAUUGAAAUUAAGUGAUAAAAUGAGUUUAUUUGUUGGUAAAACCGAGUCCACUCAACAAGAUUUAAUUUAUUCAAUCUGGCAAUAUAUUCUUUUCAAAGAUUUAAUCAUCAAGAAAGAUAUCAACAAAAUUGAUGCUAUAACUAAUAAUACUCCAGGUAUCAAUGAAAUUAAUUCUUUAAAAGAUUCUGCUGAAAAAGAUUUAACUAUUAUAAAAUGUGAUGAUGUAUUGAAAGAUUUAUUGGAAGUUGAACAAUUCAAAUUCACUGAAUUAUACCAAUUAAUAAAUAAACAUUUUAAACCAAAGGAUCCAAUAGUUUUAAAUUAUGAAAUUAAUACUAAAAAAUCAUCAACUUUAGGUGAGACUAUUAUUGAUUUACCAAUUGAAUUACCUAUUGAUUUGAAUUUCUUACAGAAAGAAGUUAACGAUAGAAAUAAGGCAAUCUUCAGCGAUGCUUCAUCUACCUUAAGUAAUAUCUCAAGCUUGAAUUCAAAGAUCGCCUUGGGAAUUAAUCAAUUAAAUAAUUUAAAUUUCAAAUACAAUUUUUUCAAACAAUUAAAUGAAGAUCCUGUUGAGUUUAUAAAGAAUUGGACCAAAGUUCAACUGGAAACUUUAAAGAGCUUAAAAAGUGAUGAAGGUUAUGAUGAAGAAAUUGUCAGAAGAUCUCAAUUCUUCGAAGAGAAUGAAGAUUUAUUAAAGGAAAAGAUCGAUUUAUUAUUAGGGUCAACUCAUUAUUAG